AUGACCAAUAUUCUUACUCGUUUAGUAGAGCAACAGUGUCAAUCUCCUGUGAAUCAACCUAAGGAUCCAGAAAUGGGGCAACAUAGGGCCCUAAAGAGAUUCCAAAAAUUCUCUCCUCCUAAAUUUCUGGGAGGACCGGACCCAAAGGUAGCAAAGAGGUGGUUAGAAACAAUGAUCAAUAUCUUCGCUGCUUUAAACUAUGCAGAGGAGAGACAAAUGCAGUUUGCUACCUUCCAGUUUGAGGGAUCAGUCAAGGCCUGGUGGAACGUAGUUCGAGCUAAGUGGGAGAGAGAGGGAACCGCAUGGACUUGGUUAAAUUUCAUGAGAGAAUUUAACGAGAAAUAUCUCCCACCUAUCGUUCAGGAGAAGAGAGAUGACGAUUUAUUAAUUACGGAGCAAAGGAGGAUAAAGAAGUUUGUGCAGGGCCUUAAUGUAGAAAUACAGGAGGAUUUGGCGGUAGCCCAAAUCAACACUUGUACGGAGAUCUUGGAAAAGGCUCAGAAAAUAGAAAUCGCCAGAGCACAAAUAAGGAAUUUUCAUGCCAAACGGAGAGGUGUACCUGGCGGAAGUCAAGGGCCGGCACAGAGUGAUCGAAACAUGCCCUUCCCUAAAAUCGAUCGUGGAGCUGGAGGUGGAAGGUUUACGAGUACAUCCAGAGGAGGUACUUCGAGGGGACCCCAAAGUGGAAGGGAACAAGGGAGAGGCGUCCCACAGGGAGGCCAGACAUCCGCCCCCCGAGUAUCAUGUGGGUAUUGUGAGAAGUCGAACCAUACUGAGAACAAUUGCUGGAGAAAAGCUCGAAAAUGUUUAAGGUGUGGAAGUACGGAGCAUCAGAUUGCUAACUGCCCACUAAUUAAUGAUGCACAGUUGGCUGGCCAAUCGAUCUUCAAUCUAUUGGGAUGA